GGUUGUAGACCGCCAUUAAAGCAAAAGAAGAAGAAGAAGAAGAAGAAGGAGAUGAUUGGCUGUGUUCACACUAGUGCUGAUGUGGUCUUCUGUUAGCAGAGCUGUCGACACAUUCAGAACAAUAUUACUGUUUUAUUAUAAUUAUAAAAAAAUAGCCACUGUACUUUGUUGAUAAUGCCUUAUUAUCAGACCUGGGAGGAGUUUUCCCGCGCAGCAGAGAAGCUGUAUCUGACAGAUCCCAUGAAGGUUCGGGUGGUUCUAAAGUACAGACACUGCGACGGAAACCUGUGUAUCAAAGUGACCGACAACGCUGUGUGUUUACAGUACAAGACAGACCAGGCCCAGGACGUAAAGAAGAUUGAGAAGCUCCACGGAAAACUGAUGAGACUCAUGGUGUCCAAGGAGACACACAGCGGUUCCAUGGACACAGAUUGAAGAACUGUUGCAGCACUGGACUGAGCCUGCUGGACACAAAGUGCACAGUGUGGAGUCUGAGAGACGGGAUAUGGCUGCCUAUGCUGAUUUAAUAUAUCAGAGAUGUGAUAUUAAUACUGUCCAUUUUUGAUUCUCUCAGGAUUUUCAUUUUUUAUUAUACAUUUCCCAUUUUAAAAUCUUAUUAUCAUGUUUUUUUCAGGCAUUGUGAUCCCGCCCCUAAUAGUGUUACUAUAAAGUACGCUCAGUGUAAGCUGCUGGGACAUUUUAGAAAAUGCAGAGGUGGAAGUUGAGAACGGUUGUGGUAAUGUAGGACCAAAUGUCCAAAUCCUCUGCUGCAGUGUAGCUUUGGCACCUUGAUUUCUUUAGAGCCUGCAUUUCCAUUUGAAAGCAGGUGAAAAUGAGCGUGAUGAAGACACUGCAUGUCUCUUCUAUUUUCUUCAUCCAGGAUAUGUAGUUGUAGGUUGGAUUUCAGCACAGCGAUCUUUUAGUUUUUCUUCAUGGACAUUAAUGAAGCAGGACCAUUUGAUUUUCUAACCACCUGAUUGCCAAUUUAUUCUUCUGAAAAUCAACGUUACAUUUUCAAUAAAUGUUUGUUUACCCCAGUACA